CAGUUUCUUUGGCUUCAGGACCCUCCCCCGUUAGAUGCGACUGGUCUCUUUCUCUCUCUUUACACUGUUUAUACCGCUUGAAGAUUAGAAGUGUGUGAGCCCCUAUUUUCUUCUGAAUUUCGUCCUUGGGAAGUUGGUUUCUAACUGCAAUACUAGAGCGACACAUAAUCUGGGAGUUCUUGGCCGGCAAGGACCAUGCAGACUCUGCAGAGCUCGGCUGUCCUUCUGCUUUGUAGCUUCCUGAUUGGUCUGAGUUACUCUCUGAACCCAAGAGACCCCAAUGUGUGCAGCCUGUGGGAGAGCUUCACCACCUCAGUGAAAGAGUCCUACUCACAUCCUUACGACGCUGUGACAGAGGAACCCUGCUCGGACCCUCGGACCUCCUACAGAUGCACACGCCACAGGAUCACCUACAAGACAGCCUACAGGCAGGCAGUGAAGACAGACUACCGCAAGAGGUACCAGUGCUGUCCAGGCUAUUACGAGAGCAGAGACAUAUGUGUCCCUCGCUGCACCAAGGAGUGUGUCCACGGUCGAUGUGUUGCUCCAGACCGUUGCCAGUGUGAGGGUGGCUGGCGAGGUGACGACUGCUCCAGCGCCUGUGAUGACAAACACUGGGGACCAGGCUGUAGUCAGCAGUGUAAGUGUGAGAACGGAGCUCUCUGCGAUCCUACCAAGGGGGCAUGUCAGUGUCCUCCUGGGUUCAUAGGACGCUACUGCGAGGAGUCCUGUCCAGCAGGCACUUUCGGGAAGGGCUGUCUGCAGAGGUGCAAGUGUGGGACUGGAGGAUCCUGCGAUAAAGCAACCGGAGAGUGCUUAUGUCGGGACGGAUUCACUGGGACUUUCUGUGAGAAAGCGUGUCCCAGGAAAUGCCAGGCACGAUGCUCCUGCCAGAAUGGUGGGAUCUGUAAAGGCAAAGGGAUCUGCGCGUGUCCGCAUGGAUGGACGGGUGCAGUUUGCACAGAGCGAUGUCCCGAGGGAAAGUUUGGACCAAACUGUGCUGAGGAGUGUGUAUGCCACAACAGCGGCAAAUGUGACCCUAAAAAUGGACAGUGCCAGUGUGCUAAAGGUUUUACUGGUAUCAGGUGUAAUGAGGAGUGUGCUGCAGGUACUUAUGGUGAGGACUGUAAAGGUGUGUGUGACUGUGCUAAUGGUGCGCGCUGCUACAACAUUGAUGGAGGCUGCCUAUGCGAGCCAGGCUUCAGCGGUACACACUGCAGGGAGAGGAUGUGUGAACCCGGCAAAUACGGCAUGCACUGUGAACGCUCGUGUCUCUGCCAAGACAAACACACACUCAGCUGCCACCCAAUGAAAGGAGAAUGCACAUGCCAGCCAGGGUGGGCAGGACUGUUCUGUAACGAGACCUGCGCUCACGGUUUCUUCGGUCAUGGUUGCCUGGAGCCAUGUCUGUGUGUGAAUGGAGGGGUGUGUGAUAGUGCCACUGGUCAUUGCCGGUGUGCCCCCGGGUUCACGGGAGUUCACUGUGAGAGUCCAUGUAAAAGUGGCACCUACGGCAAGAACUGCUCCCUGGAGUGCUCCUGUAAAAACUUUGUUGACUGCUCGCCAGUUGACGGGACCUGCUUCUGCAAAGAAGGCUGGCGAGCGCCUGACUGUUCCACCCCCUGCUCUAUGGGAACCUGGGGCCCAGGAUGCAACGCCACCUGCCACUGCGCCAACAAGGCAAAAUGUAAUCCUGUAGAUGGAUCCUGCACCUGUACAGCCGGGUGGCAGGGGGCGCGCUGUGACCAACCGUGCCCGAUGGACACGUUUGGGCCAGGCUGCCUGAAGAGGUGUGAUUGUGUUCAUGCCGACGGCUGCCAAGCUACCACUGGGAAGUGCCACUGUCGGCCAGGUUGGUGGGGUAAGUGAUGACGUCCUCCUGGUGUCGCUGCCAGCUUGGCUUUGGUACCACA